CAGAGACUUCAGAGCACUCAGCUCUAAAUGGUGUGCCUCUACCUCCCUUCAAAGAAAAGGAAUCUAAGUGGAAGAUGAGAUUGAGUUGCCCGCCCAGCGCACACUUGGGUUUGCUGCGUCAGUGUUGCCACCUGGCUCUCCUCUGAUUGAGUCCGGGUCCCCGCGGCAAACUUCACCGCUUGGUCCACGCCAGCCCAGCUCGCUCAAGAGCCCAGCGUCCUCCGCCCACGUCAGCAUAGCUCGGAGCCUCGGGUCAGGAAGUCGGCGAAGGCUAAGAUGCCCAGAAAACCUGUAAUAGAAAAGCGAUCUCAGACAAACCUUAAGGAUCCAGUGGAGAAUACAGUGACAUAUGAUGAUGUAGUGGUGAAUUUUACUCGGGAAGAGUGGGCAUUGCUGGAUACUUCCCAGAAGAGGCUCUACAAAGAUGUGAUGCUAGAGACCUACAGGAACCUCUCUGUAAUAGGCUAUAAGUGGGAAGAUCACAAUAUUGAAGAACAUUCUGAAAAUUAUGGAAAACAUAACAGGCAUCUUCAAAGUGAUGAACCGAUUAAUACUGGAGAGAAACCUUUUGAAUGUAUGCAAUAUGGUGGAGCCAUUGCAAGAAACAAUCACCUUCAGAUACAUAAAAAAACGGGUACUGAAUGCUUUGUGUAUUAUACUGGUCUUCAGAUACAGAGAAGAACACACUCUGGAGAAAAGCUGUAUGAUUGUAGCCAAUGUGGUAAAGUCUUUUAUUGUCAAAGUCUUCUUCAAAAGCAUAAAAAAACACAUACUGGAGAGAAGCCCUAUGUAUGUAACCACUGUAAUAAAGCCUUUGCAGAUCGCUAUGCUCUUCAGAGGCAUAAAAGAAAACAUACUGGAGAGAAACCUUAUGUAUGUAACCACUGUGGAAAAGCCUUUGCAUAUCAGACCAAUCUUCAAAUACAUAAAAGGACACAUACUGGAGAGAAACCAUAUGAAUGUAACCAAUGUGCCAAAGCCUUUACACGACUCAGUCAUCUUCAAAGGCAUAAAAGAACACAUACUGGAGAGAAACCCUAUGAAUGUAACUACUGUGGUAAAGCCUUUGCAGCUUGCUAUGCUCUUCAAAUACAUAAAAGAACACAUACUGGAGAGAAACCUUAUGUAUGUAACCAAUGUGGCAAAGCCUUUGCUCAAGACAAUAAUCUUCAAAAACAUAGAAGAACACAUACUGGAGAGAAACCCUAUGAGUGUAACCAAUGUAGCAAAGCCUUUGCACAAUACAAUCAGCUUCAAGUACAUAAGAUAAUACAUACUGGAGAGAAACCCUAUGAAUGUAACCAGUGUGGCAAAGCCUUUACACAGUACACUACUCUUCAAAUACAUAGAAGAACACAUUCUGGAGAGAAACCCUAUGAGUGUAACCAAUGUAGCAAAGCCUUUGUAAGCUAUGGUUAUCUUCAAGUACAUAGAAGAAGACAUACUGGAGAAAAACCCUAUGAGUGUAACCAAUGUGGCAAAGCCUUUUCAAGCUAUGGUUAUCUCCAAGUACAUAGAAGAACACAUACUGGAGAGAAACCCUAUGAAUGUGACCAAUGUGGCAAAGCCUUUGUAAGCUCUGGUUGCCUUCGAGUACAUAGAAAAACACAUACUGGAAGGAAACCCUAUGAAUGUGACCAGUGUGGUAAAGGCUUUCACUGUAACUCCAACCUUCAAAAACAUAAAAGACUACAUAAUGGAGAGAAACCCUAUGAAUGUAACCAAUGUGACAAAGCCUUUGCAAGCUAUUAUUAUCUUCAGGAACAUAGAAGAACACAUACUGGAGAGAAACCCUAUAAAUGUGACCAAUGUGGUAAAAGCUUUACAUAUAUCAGCAAUUUUCAAAGACAUAAAAGAUCACAUACUGGAGAGAAACCCUAUGAAUGUAACCAAUGUGGUAAACACUUUGAGUAUAAUGCCCUCUUUCAAAAACAUAAAAGACUACAUAAUGGAGAGAAACCCUAUGAAUGUAACCAAUGUGACAAAGCCUUUACAAGCUAUUAUUAUCUUCAAGUACAUAGAAGAACACAUACUUGAGAGAAACCCUAUGAAUGUGACCAAUGUGGUAAAAGCUUUUCAUAUAUCAGCAAUCUUCAAAGACAUAAAAGAAAACAUACUAGAGAGAAACCCUAUGAAUGUAACCAGUGUGGCAAAGCCUUUGCACAAGACAAUCAUCUUCAAGUACAUAGAAGAAACUGGAGAGAAACCAUCUUAAUGUCACCAAUGUGGUAAAGCUUUUGCAGGUCACAGACAUCUUCAAAGUCAUAAAAGAACAAAUAUUGGAGAGAAACCCUGAUAAUUUAAUGUGGUAGAACCUUUGCAUGUUAUGGUGGUUUAAAAGGGAAUUUUAGAAACACAUUCUUGAGAGAACCUUAUAAAUGUAAUCAAUU